AUGGCCAUAACGAAACGCCCACGCGAUGAAGCAUCUACAGAUCGCGCGGCAAAGAAGCACAAGAAGAGCUUUGACGUAGGCCCGCGCAACCUGCCCGACGGCACCCAUCGUCGCAAGACCAUCCAGAUCAAGCGCAAUCUGAUCGAAAAGGCAAAGCUGAAGAAGGAAUACGCAAAGCAAAAGGCUCAAGCUGGAGAUGACGUCCUACCCAAACGACCAGCAACAUACGCCCCCUCCGAAGACGAGGCAGAUGACGAGCCGCAGGAAGAAGAGCAAGUCGAGGAACAAGUCAAAGAGACAGUAAAGGAAGUCAAGGCACCGCGAAAGUCAAAGUCAAAGCCCAAGGCAAAGUCGCCGUCACCUGAACCCAUCGUCGAGGCUCCGGCGCCUGCUGAACCCGAGGAAUCAAACCUGGACGGCAUCCACCACAGUCGUCGCCAGAAGAUCAUCCCCUUCGCCAAGGAGCACCGUGCUGCACAGCGUCAAAAGAGAGAGAUUGAAGAGCGUCGUGCUGCAUAUGAGAGAUCGCAAGUGGAACGAGCGGAGAAGAUUGAAGAGAGGGAGAAGUUCAGAAAGGCAAUGGCAAAAGCGAGAAGUGGUGGCAAGAAUGGUCAGAGGAAGUUGGGAAGAGAGAGCAAUGUCUUGCUGGACCGCGUCAAGAGAAUGAUGCAGCAGGGUUGA